AUGAAGUGUCCAGUAUACACUCAAGUCGCAUUGGCCUUGUCCAUCACCGUGGGAUUUUCCACAGCACAACUUGGAUACACCGCGUCGCAGUCAUGCUACUUGACAUCUACCGUGAUCUACGGCAAUUCCACGUCGUCAUCCAGUGAACUAGGUCCCGGCAGUUUCAGCUCUACCAGCGCAACUCAGACGAGUUCGUCAGUCGAUGGCUCGAACAGUCAGAUGUCGACAUCAAACUUUGGCACAAGCACGCUGGGCUUAUCAUCGACGAUCCCAAACUCGAGUUCCACAGUCUCUAUGUCCACAUCAACGACAUCAGUGUCUGUUCCGCCGACCUCAAGCCCCUUCAUCGUUCAAGUGUCUGGGUUUGAUGGCCCACUGCAAAAGCGGGAGACCGUUUUCCUUACAUUUGUGGAGGGCGUCGCAUAUUUGUAUCCUGGUAGAGAUCAAGCGGCUGUUCUCGCCGUCACUUCCGAUGCACAGCUUAUAAGCGGCGGGCAAUAUUGUGGAACAAACACAUAUACUGGGGCGUUGCCCCUUUUACAGUAUGUGGCGCGUCAAUCGGUCGAUUAUCCGUGGGCGUUUGAGGGUACAACUUUGAAGUUUGGAAACACGACUUUUGCAGCGGGUCGCGAUCGAAUGCUUUUCGUCCUGUUCAAUGGGAGUCCUCCUCCUGAUGGCGCUGUUCAGGUUACGAUGGCACCGGAGUUUGUGCAGACUUCCACUUCAAGUUCGGUGGUUACGACGACGGUGUCGAGUGUGAUUAUGGGCUCAGACUCGGGUCCGUCGACUUCGUCAUACCUGGAGGCGACGACUACUGAGAGUACGGCCGGUGCUUCCACAGCGUCGGAUUCGAGCUCCUACUCGAUUACGACGACGUUGGCUUCGUCCACUUCCACGCAAACCACGUUGAUUGAUUUCUCAUUGACGACGACUCAGCUGUCUUAUAGUUCAGCUGCACCUACGACCUCGUCCAGCGCCUUGUCAUCUGAGUCACCAUCAUCCAGUGUCACCGAGUCCAUGGUUACCUCAAAGACGAGCGUCACAACAAGCAGCCAUACAUCAUUGACGUCGUCCACGCUGUAUUCAGGGUCAGGCACUGGAACAGGGACAGCCACAGGUGGUACCAGUACGACAUCGUCCACAUCGCCUUCGACUAUCACCACGCCGAGUCCGUCGAGUGCUCCAUUGUCAAGCACUACUACUACUUCGUCCAGCCCGAUGUUGUCUCUGUCCACUGGUCUCUCGAACACGGCAUCAACGAGCUCUUCCCGCACGACAAGCAGCACAACGACCUCCAGCACGUACCAGACAUAUUCUCCUACCACUCAGUCCACCACAAGUACACCGAUAGUGACAACUACGACAACUACAACGUCUCAGCGUACAUCAUCUCCUUCCACAACUUUGCCGUCGUCGAGCCAGUCGGGUGUAUCUAGUACUGCCACAACGACAGCCACCGUCAGCACCACAAGCAGUAGCAGUACAGCAGUCUCGGGCUCAAGCUCAACGUCGUCAUCAUCCACAUCAAGAAGCCGGAGCAGCAGCAGAAGCUCAAGCUCAAGCUCGUCGUCCACAUCGACCUCAACCUCGAUCACCACCACAUCGCCAUCGUCAACAUCUACGGCUUCUACAACCGCCACCACCACCACUUCUAUUUCACCUACCACCACCACGACAACUAGAACUACAACAACCUCGUCAUCGUCAACAUCAUCUCCAUCUCCCUCUCCUUCAUCUUACCCAGCCAAACGCGGUCUCGCAUACACAAACGUCACAACCUUAGUCUACUACCCCCCUCCAUCACCCUACAUAUCCUGGUCCUACAACUACUACUCGCUCCCCAACGCCAGCGACAACGUCGGACCAUACCCGACAGGCCAGUUCCGAUUCAUACCGUUGUUGUAUAACGACGCUCCAUCAUUGACAUCAAUUUGGUCCGCUAAUGUUCAAUACUCGAUCGCGCAGUAUGGCACAGACGCGAUUUUCGGGUUCAAUGAACCUGAUGCGUGUUAUUCGGGGAAGUCGGCUUGUAUGAAUUUGAGCAGGAGUUUGCAGGGGUAUAGGGAUUUUAUGCAACCGUUUGCGAGGAGCGGGGGCGGAAACGGUAAUACCGGCGUUGGCAACGUUCUCAUCGGCGCACCAGCAGUAACCAACUCCGGCAGCUCAGGCCUCACAUACCUCAGCUACUUUCUAGGCAACGCGACGCAGAUGGGAUUACAGAUUGAUUUUUUGAACUUACAUUGGUACGCGAGUCCGUACAACAUUGACUAUUUCAAGCAAUAUGUCACGCAAGCAUACCAACAGACUGGAGGGUCGAAUUAUUCGGUUUGGGUGACCGAGUUUGGAAUGGAUAGAAGUGAUUAUCCGGCGGGGGAUGUGGUGAACUUUUUGCAGAUGGCCAUGGGCUGGAUGGAUGCCCAACCUUGGAUUGGGAGGUAUGCUUGGUUUGGGAAUUUUGCGGAUGGACCGGCGGGGACGGAGUAUCUUUUGAAUAGGGAUGGGAGUGGGCGGUCAGCUUUGGGGGAUGCUUGGAAUAAUUAUAGAGCUCCUAGUUGA